CGACAACGAAAAGUUCGAAUUGGUGGGUCGUCGUAAGCGAGGAAAACGAGCGUCAGACGUACUGCGAGAUAAUAACACAUCCAGAAAUAUAUCCGAAUACGACGUUGACAAUCUGAGCCGAUGCCAAAGACGAGCUUAACAAUUCGAAGUAUAAGAUUAGCCUUUUUCAAAGCCUGAAAGAAUGCACCCAGCUCCUCAACGUAGAUCGUAUCAACGAAAUUGUCUGCUAUGGCUUAGGCAAUUUCUUCAAUCUGAAACAGUCUAGAAACCCUAAACGAUGAAUGGAAAUUUGAAAAUCCUAAGAUCGCUGAUUAAUGAGAUUCGUCAUGUAGCGAAGGAGAAAAAAAUGAAGGACAACAUCAUGGUGCAGUAUAUAUUAGAGGAGGCAAAAAAACACAGAGAAACGUCAGAAGUGCUGUGUAAGGCGAGGGAGGAGCUGAAAAGCAUGGGAGAAAACUACCUUUGCUAUUUAGAAUCCCAAAGAAAGUACAAUGAAAUCAGAACUCAGUAUGCCGGUAAAGGUGACAGAAGUGUUAAGGAAACUGCUGACUUGGUGGGAUUCAAGCUACCCCACGAUCCAAAAUAAGUUGAAAAAGGAAUUUGUAAAUAACCUUUUAAUAGUAGUAAAUGUAAAAAUGUUUAUUUCAUAACAAUGUUUAAAGAAAGUAAAAACAUGUGAAAUAGCAACGCCGAUAUGUAUCGCGAAAUAUUUGGCUCUUUUCCUCAAAUCUUUGACACCUAUUUUGCAUAUCUUUUUUCUCUUUUUACUCAUGAGUAUUCCUUGCGGAUUGCUUUUGCUAUUGUCGACAACUGCAUGUUGCUUGUUCCCUCGUAUAUUGUGCCAAUUUUACAAUCUCUGAAGAAUUUCUCCUGUGGGAAAUCAGUCGUAUAUCCAACGCCCCCCAUGAAAUCUAUGCAUUUAGCCGUCACCCUAACUGCCGUUUCUGUAAUUUAAACAUUCAUUAUAGUCAAAACGGGGCUUUAGCCUCGCUGACCAAACAACCGAUACAAAUUUUCUCACCAGAUGCAAUUAGCUUCGCCAUCGCGGCUUCCUUUGCAAAUGGCUUCUUUGCCUCCACCAGACGCGCCGCAUUGUAAACGAGCAAUCUAGCACUCUCAACCUCCGUCACUGCUUGUGCAAUCUGAUGCUGCAUA